AAGAGCAAAAUUUGUGGAGACUGCUUUCAACAUAAGACAUGUCCCCAAUGCUAUAUAGGCUACAGUCAGCAGAAAAGUUUACUGGAGUAAAUUCCAACAAAGCAGCAGCACAUUGGAUUGCAGCUCAGAUCAAAAGAGAAAGCUGCACAUCUGCAGUUUGAUUUCUUCAUAACAGCACAGAUAAUAAAGUUAAUGCCCGAGGACUGGAGACAUUGUAUUUAAAAGCGGAUAGACAGAUGUCGCGUAUGUUGAAGAAAUAUUGUUUAACCACUAUUACUGACAUUUAUGGUUGCCAAUGGAAGAAAAAGCAAUCAAAAUCCAACAAAAAGAGAGAGUCUAUCUGGUUUAUUGUCCUGUCUUGUGGCUUCGCACUCAGUAUUUUCUGGUUUUAUUGCUGGUGGGCUCUGCUCAAUGACUACAGCAAUUUAAAUGAACAUUUCUUUGGAUUUAUCCACCGAUGGUUAGAUUGGUCAGUAAUUCUAUUGUUUUUGGCAGCCACCAUCUUUAGCUAUUUGUUUCUGCUCAUGAUACUUGCAGUGUGUCACUUUGUUUUGCGUGAACCACUUUAUUUGCACUGGAUUAACAAGGUUGCUAUGUUGGUUUGCAUCUUUCUUAUCUUGGUUUUGAUGAUCGUCAUUAGAAUACAAUGGAAGGAAGAAUGGGAUGCUAUACACUUGUCUAUUCAAGUAACAGCCCCUUUCUUCCACAUUGGUGCAGUUGCUGGUGUGACUAUUGUGGCUUGGUUCAUUGUUGAACACAUUUUGCAAUCUAAAAAAAGAGUUUUUCAGAUUGUCUUGUCCAUAUUCUAUCUUGGGGUGGUGAUAUUUCUCUAUCUCAUUCCUCUCGCAAUCUCCUCUCCUUGCAUUAUUGAAAAUGAAUACCUGGGGCCAAAACCAGCUUUGAUGGGGCAUCGUGGAGCACCCAUGUUGGCUCCAGAGAACACCCUGAUGUCUUUCGAGAAGACUGUGGAAUGUAAUGCAUCUACAUUUGAAACUGAUGUGCAGAUUAGUUUUGAUGGAGUGCCAUUUCUAAUGCAUGACAACACAUUUGAAAGGACAACAGACAUAAAGGAGAAGUUUCCAAAAAGAGUUAACGAUGAAUCCUCAAGUUUUACAUGGGCAGAGAUUCAACAGCUCAAUGCUGGGGAAUGGUUUCUGAAGAAAAAACCUUACAACACGGUUCAGUCACUACCAAAGGAAACACAACAAAUUGCUGAGCAACAGAAAGUUUCUUCCCUGGCUGAGGUGCUGAAACUUGCAAAAAAAACAAAGAAAUAUGUAAUUUUUGACUUGCGCACUCCAAGUAACAGAUCUCAUCCAUACUACAACACUUCGCACAAUGCUGUUAUAGAAACCAUCUUGAAUUCCACAAUUGAUCACAAUCAGAUCCUAUGGCUGCCCAACCAUAAGAAUAGCACCCCGCCUGGAUUCCAGCAGGUUCUGGGAGAAAAACUUGACCCAGAAAAAUUGCAGCAAGACAAAAUUCAUAUAAUUAAUAUUCGUUAUAGCAACAUCAGUGAAGCAGAGAUUAGGAAAUAUGCAACAGCAAAUAUCAGCACAAACGUUUAUGUUGUCAAUGAACGUUGGGUGUUCUCGACACUAUGGUGUGCCAAAGUAAAGUCUGUCACAACCAAUGCAUGUCAUAUCUUUAACGAGAUGGCUGUACCCAUUUGGCAUCUGUCUCCGAAAACCUACCUCGCAAUAUGGUUAACUGUUGAUUUUGUGUCUUUACUGGUGAUUCUCCUCGUAUGUUUCUUUCAACGGUCAAGACACAGAAGGUUGAGAGAAUUUAACAUGUCAGGAGACAAUGAGGAGACAAUACUCUGAUUAAGUUUUGAGAACUCUAUACCUCUAUAUUUAGCUGCGUGUGUCACAGCAACUGGAUUGUGGCUUCUAAGUGUGUAAGGAAAAGGUCAAAGCAAAAUUGUACCUCAUUUUUUUUUUUUAAUCUUGUUUCGAAAUGAACCAAAGUCUCAGGAGGGCAGUGUAUAAUACAAAAUAUGUACUUUUUAAAUGUUUUAAUUAUGUUCUGUUUCUGUCUAAUUGCAAUUCUUAAGCCCUGACCCUCACGCAAAUUCCCCCUACCAAGGAUCAACUUUGCUCCCUGAAAGCAUACAAAGAAGACUGGGAAUACUUCAUUCCAGAACAGUCCAUAUCUCCUCAAAUGUCUGGAAAUAUUACAGCAACUCAAAAAAAAUGUUUCCUAAAUAAUGUUAGAUAUAAUGUGCCUCUAAUUCAAUGGUAGCUUCCUGCCUUACAGUAUACCAUCCCCUCACAAAUUUUCCAUGGAACUGGCCAUGAAACAUUUCAGGCUACACAUAGGUUGCAGUCUUCAACACAUAGCCUUGCCUAGCAGCCUGCAUGCUGGGGCCCUUCACUGCAACAAUUAGCACGUGGUCUGUGAGCUAACAUGACUAUGAAUGUGCUGGCACUGGACAUGUGUGGAUCUUAGCUUGGAUACACAAAUUUUAGCCCUGGGUUUACAUGAAUUACCAGUUUCCUGAUCAAACCUAAAGUGUUUCUAUGUCUGAUUUACUCCAGAAGCUUGUACUGAUCAACUGAGGUCACUCCACCUGCUCUGUUAUAUGUAAAUAACUAAGUAACAUUCCUGAUAUACCACCCAAUGUUUAUCCUUCCUUCAAUACACGAGGAAGAAAUUAAUAGGACAUUUCUCUUAUUGGUAUUACUACAUUUUACUAUGCACAUUUCCUGCCUUAUCUGUUUACAAAAAUCAUAGUAACUAUAGGUGGUUAUUUGUUGGUCUGUUUAUUACUGUUUAAAUAUGAAGUAUAUCACAUUUCUCUCACCACUGAAUCCAAGUUAAGAAUGAAUCACAAUUGAUGUUGAUAUUUUUAGGUAGUUGCUAAUUGAACUUACAGGCUUGUUUGGGCCUGCCAUGAGGAUCUUUUCUCCUCCACAUUAUCAAAAGAUGGCACAAUGACGCACAGAUAGAGUUGCUGCCAUACAGCGCCAGAGACCAGCGUUUGAUCCUGACAAUGGUUGCCUUCUGUAUGGAGUUUGUACAUGACAGAAGAUUUUCUCCGGGUGCACCGGUUUUCAUCCACAUUCCAAUGACCUGCAUGUUUGUAGGUUAAUUGGCUUUUUGUAAAUUGCCCCUCGUGUGUAGGAUGCCAAACUGGGAUAACAUAGAACUAGUGUACGGGUGAUUGUUGGUCAGUGCAGACACGGUGGACAGUAAUGUCUGUUUCCACAGUGUAUCUUUCAUACCAAACUGAAAUUAAAUGAGACCAGAGAAGUAUCAAUUCUACCAGGGUUUUAGCAACGUCCCUCAAACCGUUCAAACAUUUUGAAUUGUGAGUUGGAUCAGUGAAGUUUUAAGAAUUGUUGCCAAAGCAGCAGUCCAAAUUCAGGGCUUAUAUGUCUAGAUCUCCUCAAGAUCAUCAAACAAAGCCAUUUACAAACUCCUUCACUGCACCCAUAAGGGUUCCCUAAGAUAGUCAAUGAGACAUGGAAGACAUGCACAAUGAUGAUGUCAAGUGCUGUGCUUUUAUUUGUAAAUGUGGUUUGGAAUAUUUGAUUUUAAUUUUUGAAUUAUUGACAUGUGAACAAAUGAACAUUAAAAAUCACAAAGGAAAAAUAAUAUGUGGAACUACUAAUGUUUGGGGAAUCAGGAUUAGUUUUAGUGACAUUGUAAGAAUAUGAAUUGCUCAAAGAAAGGCUAUUUUUAUUUCCAAAAAUAAACUUUAUUCAGAAUUAAAAAUCUAUACAAAA